UGAAAGGAGAUUAAAUCAAAUUAUAAAAAAUAUUGUAAUAUUUAGGGUAGUAAAAAAUUAUUGUAUACGUUCAUUCUGGUUACGAACCCUUAGCCCCUGACUAACAUUCAAUCCUGGGUACGUCGUCUGCUGUUUUGUGUUAAACAUGUGGAAGCCUGUCUACAAAGAUAUUAUUUGCUGUCUAGCAAGUCUGCAUUAUGAUUAUUAUAAAUUGUUGACUCGGCCUUCAAACACACGACUAAUUCGCUGGUGAUUUAAGUUGUUGAUAAUCGAAAAUCCGGUAAAUAUUAUUGACUCACUUGAUUUUUGGUGAUUCGAUUUUGUUUCAACUAUAUAAUAAUGCCAAUAUACAAUUGUUGUUCAUUCGUUCGGCUCUACCGCGGCGUUUUGGUACAAAGUUUCGGGUCUCUCGCGAGAGGUAUUGUAUUUUCGAAACAUUAACUUCGAAUAUCCGAGUGCCAGAAAUUAGAUUGAGUGGCAAAACAAACUGCGUCGAUGUUUGUAUUUUGGAUCUGAAAAUAAUUUGGGCAAUUUAGACCACGAGACAAUUUCGCUGGUUACAGAUUGAGAAGCCUUUUGCAGACAUUGGUGCCUUUUGUCUUUGAUUGAAUUUUACGUCUAUAACAAAGAAAGAUGCCUCUAUUCAAGAAACCUAGACGGACUAGAAGUGGAAGUCCCGAAUUGUUAUCAUUAACACCGCUUUCCCAGGAAUCACAGGACGGUAUAGAGGAAGGAGGGUCUCAAAAUGAUAAAAGUAGCCAAAAAAUCGACAGAUUUGAACGACCCAAAUCCGCCUUUACAACUGGAUUGGAAGACUCGCUAAACAAUUUCUGUUUAACUUCUCAAUCCUAUCAGGGUGUUGAUUUGUCACCAGCUAUUACAUCUUGCAAAAAGCUGGAGUCGCCAAUAUCAUCAGAUAUUUUCGAUGAAGAUACAAAACCCUGCAACGAUUCUACUUUCACAGAUGCGCAAUCUUUUCUGCUCAGAAGUGAUACCACUGAGAGCGAUGAUUAUUUGGAUUCAAUUUUCGUAUCUCAAUCGAAACUUUUGCCUAAGGGAAAUAUCUUUCAAGAAUCAAAUAUUAUUUCAGAAACCUCGAAAAUAAACUCCGAUCUUCAGACUCCACUGAAAAAUUCGCCUCUAAAACAGAAGUCACCAGUUCGAGUUUCAAAAAUCCAGCAUCCUAAAGUAGAAAAAAAUACUCCCAAGUCUUACAAAGACUGGAAGAACCUCAGUAUUAUCGAGCUAUUAAAAAACGAAGCUUCACCUUCAGCAGACACUCCACCUGCUUUGAAAUUUCCCCUUUCGAUGGAUGUAGACCCAAUUGAAUACUACUCUCCAAAACGAUCUAGAUCUGAAUUCGAACUUUCGGGAAAUUUGCACCCGAAGCAGAAAAUUCCUAAGCCACUGAUUGUAAACUCUUCUCCAAAAGUUUCAAAAUUAAUAAACCUACAUCUAAAAGUGCAAGGAAACUUAGGAAUCUCUUUGGAGAGAAAAGGGACAGCACAGCCAUUUUAUCUCAUCUCCAAAUUGGAUGUUAACGGAGAUGCGGAAAAAUCUAGGCAAUUUUGGAUCGGAGACGAAAUCGUUAAAGUUUGCGGAAGAAGAAUUCGAGGCACGCCAGAAGUCGAAGCUCGAAAUGCUCUCAGAAGUUGCUUCGGAGAUGUAGAAAUCCUUAUCGCCAGAAAUUCGAAAUAUGCAUUUUGUGGAGAUUUGGAAGACACCUGGCCGGAAUAUGUCAUUACAAGAACAAGAAGUGAUUCGGAAAUUUGGGGUCUUAACAAUCCUAGAAAGGAAAACACGGCAAACAAUAUUUUAACUGAAGAGAAUCAGGCUCUUAAUUGUAAGAAAUUUUCAUGUCAAAUUGUCGGUGCAAUAAGAAAAGGCGAAAACGUACUUCCUGCAGACACAGAAGAAGAUGAAUCUGAGAUGUUAACAGGAAUGAAGAAAUUCUACAUGAUCCGAAAAAGAAGUUCAGACUUAACGCCCACGUUAAAAAGAAUUACGAAUUUGCCAGGUAAUUUGUUGACUAUCCAAUUCGAAGAAGCGUCCUCGAAAAAACUUGGAUUUAGUAUUGCUGGUGGAUCCGAUUGCAGCAGAGGAAGUAUGGGAAUUUUUGUUAAAAACAUUGAGCCCGAAGGUCAAGCUGCAGAGGAAGGAAAACUGCAUAAUGGAGACGAGAUUUGGGCUGUGAAUGGAAUUUUCUUGGAGGGAUUUACUCGAGAGAGAGCAAAGAACAUUAUCAAAGCGGCUAAAGUGAGAAGAAUGAUUCUUCACGUUGGUAGGCGAGGUGUAACUUACUAAAAUUAUUACCGAGACAAUCAGUUAAAAACAAUGUUAUUUUUUCUGUGAUAGUGUUAGUAAGCUAUUUUCUUUCUAAAAGAAUCUUGUAAAAUUAUUUAUUUUUAUUUUUUACAAAUAUCUUAUAUUUAUUUAGUAAUAUUACAAAAGACUGAUAAAACUUCCAUAGUUUGAGAGACUUUAUCCAGUAUUAUUUAAUUUGUAAUUUUUUCUGUAAGGAAAUGUGAUAUUUAUUAUUUUUAUGUAACCGACAAAACUAAUUUAUUUCUUAUUUUGAUUUAUUUUGAAGUUUUUCGAGGGUGAUAGGCUCCUUUAUAGAACCUUUAGUUUCACGGACAAAACUUCUGUAAAGCAAUUGAUAAUUUUUUGAAAAAAGCUGUCUACGAUUCGACGACUUUCUAAUCGAUUUUUCGUUUAUUUUAUAUUUUGUGAUAUAACUAAUCUUGAUCAAAUUCAACGGCGAUACCUAUUCUGGUUCCAAAUUAAAUAUACAAUAAUUAUUUUGAAUGAA